AUUAUUAUAAAAGACUGAGAGUUGAAUUAAACUUAAUAUGUUUCAGACCUGAAAUGCCGCAACCUCGAAAUAAAUCACUAGAAAGUAGAAAUCUGCACGAAUACCUGAAAACACUGCCACAAGAAGUUCUUGACAAUCUUUACAAUCAUCCAGCAACAUGCCUUGCAGUCUUCAGAGAGCUCCCAGCCUUGGCCAAACAGUUGAUUACACGGUUGAUAUAUAUAGAGCAGGCAAUACCUCAAGCAGUAGUUUCAUCUUGGGUUACUCAUCACUACCAGGAGCAGAAUAAACUAGCUCAGGAUACACUCACUAGUUUACGGGUUUGGAAAGAAACCUCGAUGUCUGGUGGGUUAAGAUCCUGGUUGCUCAACCCUACCUUCAGAUCUAAUCUUAAAAUGGCAUUAACAGGUGGAGGGCAGCCCUGGACGAUGUCAGCCUAUCUUGAAGCUGACCCUCACAGUAGAGAUAUUGUAUUCCUGGAUAGUUAUGCAUCUGAACGAUGGGAGACUGUUCUCCACUAUAUGGUAGCUAGCAGUCAACAGGCCGGGAUAUCACAGGACGCAGUACAUACACUCCUACAGGCAGGACUCAUGUCUCGGGAUGAAACUCAGAACAAUGCUCCGGUAAUCACAAGAUCCGGGUUCCAGUUCCUACUCAUGGAGAGAAGCAGUCAGGUUUGGUACUUUAUCCUGCAGUAUUUAAACUCUGUGAGUGCGCGAGGGAUGAGUUUAGUUGAAUGUUUAUCCUUUCUCUUCCAACUAUCAUUCUCGCAACUUGGCAAGGAUUAUAGUACGGACGGAAUGAGUCAAGGUUUAUUAACGUUUCUUCAGCAUCUCAGAGAAUUUGGUCUGGUUUACCAAAGAAGGAGAACGUCUGGUAGAUUCUAUCCAACUAUUCUAUCUAUAAAUAUUCUCAAAAUUGUUGAUAAAACAUUGUUCAGGAUCAAAGACGAUUUCCAAGUCUGCUCUCAAUGGUUAAGAAAUUCCGUUUAUUUAAGAAUAUCACUGUGUUCUUGGAAAUACAAUAGAAUAUAUGUUUUCAGGUAUAUAGUAGUAGAAACCAACUACAGGGUAUACGCCUAUACAGACUCUAGUCUACAGCUGGCCUUACUCGGACUUUUCUCAGAAAUGAUGUACAGGUUUCCGAACCUGUGUGUUGCUGUGAUAACUCGUAAAUCUGCUAGACAAGCAUUCCGUGGAGGAAUAACUGCUUCACAGAUCAUCAGGUUCCUUAAUAUGCACGCUCAUCCUAAGAUGAUGAAGAGUGGACAAUCUCAGAUGCCUCCGACUGUCUCCGAUCAGAUCCGAUUAUGGGAGCAGGAGCGGGAUAAGUUUAUAUUUACGGAGGGUGUUUUAUACAAUCAGUUCCUAUCUCAAGCAGAUUAUGAGAUGGUUAGAAGCUAUGCUGAACAAUCAGGAUGUGUGGUGUGGAGCAGUGAACAAAGAAGAACCUUAGUUGUCACGCAGGACGGACACAACUCAGUGCGUAAAUUCUGGAAGCAAAACAGUAAAAGAUAGCAAUCAGCCGGCCUCGAAUCCGAGGCCGAACCAUCUUCAAUCGAGGUCGUCGAUAUAGAGUAGAAGACAAUCAUACAGCAGCAAAUACAGCUUGGUUUUCAAAAUCUCGAUCUGUGAUAAACUUUGUUUCUUGAAAUAAAAUUUCUCUUUUUCAGUC